AUGAACUUCGACCUACCAAAAGACGUGCAGGAGCACAUCUCCCGUAUCGACACCUUCAUCAACAAAACCAUCCUGCCUCUCCAACACAAGGACGACAACAAUCGCUUCUUCGACCACCGCCGCGAGGCAUCUCGUACGCAAUGGAACAACGGCGGUCUGCCAACCGAGGACUGGGAGGCACUCCUCAAGCAAGCCAAGAAGCUGGCUGAUGAAGCAGGCUUCUUCCGCUUCGCCUACCCCAAGGAAUACGGCGGUGCGGGCUCGACGCAACAGAACAUCACCAUGUGCGCCAUCCGCUACCACCUCGCAUCGCACCCCGUCUAUGGCGGCGGUGUGAGCCUGGCCAAUGACCUACAGAACGAGCACUCCGUCGUGGGCAACAACCCCAUCGUCAUCAUGCUGCACCAUUACGGCACGCAGGAGCAGAAGGACAAGUACAUCCCGGCCUCCACCAACGGCACCUUUCGCGCCACAUUCGGUGUCACCGAGAUCCACCAUGGCAGCGAUGCCACUCACAUGGACACGACCGCCACUCCCUGCAAGCUCGACGACGGCACGCCAGGCUACGAGAUCAACGGCAACAAGAAGUGGCAGACGGGCGCCCACAGCGCGACUCACUCACUCAUCUUCGCGCGCACGUCGGGCAAAGCCGGCAGCCCCAAAGGCAUCACAGCCUUCAUCGUCCCCACCACCACCCCCGGCUUCAAAGUCGAGUCCUUCGAAUGGACACUCAACAUGCCGACGGACCACGCCACCAUCUCCCUCCGCAAAGUCCGCGUCCCCGCCUCCGCCAUCCUCGGCCCAACCGACAACGGCCUCGCCAUCGCGCAAACCUUCACGCACGAGAACCGCAUCCGCCAGGCCGCCUCGAGCUGCGGCGCCGCGCGCUUCUGCAUCGACGCCUCGGUCCGCUACGCCAAGCAGCGCGUCGUCUUCGGCAAGCCCCUCAGCGCCAACCAGGCCAUUCAGUGGCCGCUCGUCGAGCUCUCGACGCAGCAGGAGAUGCUGCGCCUCCUGAUCCUGCGCACCGCCACUGAGAUGGACGCCGUCACGGCCACGGCGCACGCCGCCGGCCGCAGUCCCUGGAUCGACAUUGAGAGGAAACUCGGCGGCAAGAUCGGCAUGUGUAACUACUACGCGAACCGCCUGUGCUGCGAGGCGGCGGAUCGCGCCAUUCAGGUCCACGGCGGCGUGGGCUACAGUCGCGAGUACCCGUUCGAGCACAUCUGGCGGCACUUCAGGCGCUAUCGCAUCACCGAGGGGAGUGAGGAGGUGCAGAUGCGCAAGGUCGCUGCGUAUCUCUUCGGGUAUAAGACGACGGGCGAGGGGGAUCCGCAGGGGGCCGGGGCGAAGUUGUGA